UGCGUAAAAUGGGCUUCACGCUCCUCAUUUUGAUCCAGUUUUGGGCGUUUGUUUUUGGUUCUCCACGAUGUGACCCACAAGUCCGAGGGCACUGCAGGCCAAUCAUAGUGGAGGACAAACCCAAAUGCACAGAUGUUUUGCUGUCAUAUUGCGACGAUAUGUCCUACACCAAAACCAUGUUCCCGAAUAUUCUUGGACACAAAUCUCGCCAGGAAGCCGAGUCCGGAGCAGAGUACCUCCUCAUGUCCGUGGUGGAGGCUCUUCUCGGGGGGGAGUGUAACCCAGAGAUUCGGAUGUUGGGGUGCUCCGUGGUGGCCCCCCGCUGUGACAACGGAAAAGUCCAGAAGCCCUGCAGGUUCACGUGUGAAGCGGUGAAGGCCAGAUGCAGUCAGGCUUUUGAUGACAUCCGCAUGGCCUGGCCCUACUUCCUGGACUGUGACCGCUUCUUUGUCAGUGAAGAAGAAGGCUGUUACAAUCCACUGGAAGGACUCAGAGACCAGGAGUUCGCAGACAUCCACAAUGACAGUAUGGAGAUGGCCCUUUCUGAAGACCCCUCCACAAAGAUGCAGUUCUCGUACCACUCGUACACCCAAAUGACAACUAUCUUAAAGAGGACGGAGGAAAGAUGCCCUCACAUAGCAAAGACGUACAGCAUCGGCCAGAGCAUCGAGGGGAGAGAUCUGCUGGUGAUAGAGUUCUCCAACAACCCGGGCCAACAUGAGCUGCUGGAGCCAGAGAUGAAGUACGUGGGGAACAUGCACGGUGAUGAGGCUGUGGGACGACAGCUGCUGAUCUAUUUGGCUCAGUACUUGUGCUCUGAGUAUCUCCAGGGAAACGAGCGCAUCCAGGCCCUCGUCAACAGCACACGCAUCCACAUCCUGCCCUCCCUCAACCCCGACGGGUACGAGGCAGCGGCCGCCGGGCAGCAGGACAGUGAUAAUGAGGGUCUCAGUCACAUCGGUCGAAACAACGCCCAAAACAUCGACCUCAACCGAAACUUCCCUGACCUGACGUCCAUUGCUUACCGUCGCCGUAGAAACAAGAAAUAUCGCAGUGACCACAUCCCUAUCCCAGACUUUUACUGGUUUGGUAAGGUGGCCCCAGAGACCUAUGCUGUGAUGAAGUGGAUACGCUCCAUCCCCUUUGUCCUCUCUGCUAACUUCCACAGCGGGGACCUGGUGGUUUCUUACCCUUAUGACCUCUCCAAGCAUCCUCUGGAGCAUAAUAUGUUCUCCCCCACUCCUGACGAUAAGAUUUUUAAGUUUAUUUCUAAAAUCUAUGCCACGUCUCAUGAAAGUAUGUCCAAUGAAAACGCACAGUGUGGAUCAUCUCGAUCAGGGAGUAAAUCAGGAACAAUAAAUGGAGCGCAGUGGUCCAGUUUCGCAGGUGGGAUGCAGGACUUUAACUACCUCCACACCAACUGCUUUGAGGUAACAGUGUCACUUGGCUGUGACAAGUUUCCACCUCAAGAGGAGCUGUUCAACAGUUGGCAUGAAAACAGUGAAGCUUUGCUCGCAUUUAUAGAGGCAGCUCAUCGUGGGAUCAAAGGCGUUGUCACAGACGACGAGGGAAAUCCAAUCAAAGGAGCUCGCAUUUCAGUCCGAGGAAUCAGGCAUGACAUAACCACAGCUGAAAAUGGAGAUUACUGGCGCCUUCUCACCCCGGGCAUCCACAUCGUCUCAGCUUACGCUCCUGGCUUCAGCCGCGCAGUGAAGAAGGUCCACCUGCCUCCGAACAUGCACACGGCCGGACGAGUGGACUUCACCCUGCAGAAGUCUGGAGCCGGGACCACCGCGUCAGACGAGGACGACUCUCUCCCCUCUAUGGGCACAUACGAGCGCUUCGACCCAUACAACCAGUACCAGCGCUACACCGCAAGAACAGCGGAGGUGACGCAGGCCCGCGAGGAGAGAGUGGAGAAGCCCUGGUGGUGGAGCUACUUCACGAUGCCCGGCGGACCCCCUCCAACUUGGCUACUGAAACUAUAAAGCAGCAUAGAUAAACCAGGCAAUAUCUGCAUAGCUUUAAUUAGGGAUGGUACAAUAUUCAAAUUUGUGUGUUUUUGUGCAACAAUUAUCAUGGUGAAAAUAAUUUCGAUUUACGAUUAUAUCACAAUUAUUACAGUUGCUGCUGUCAGUUUAAAAAUGUUAUGCAUAUGAUUAAUUAUACUUUUAAUAUUAUGAGUUAAAUUACAUAUUUGAAAACCUGUUAAAGAGUUGUACUUUGUUAUGAACGAAAACAACAAUGAUCUAGAAGAAAACAUCAAGGAUAAGUAUGUUUUUUCAGCACAUUCUGGUGAUACAAUGACAAUUAUUUUAUCUUUUUAUCACACAAAACAAUAUUGUUUAUUGUCCGAUCCCCAGCUUUAAUUUCAUUAUCCAAGCCCAGGCCAAAGGGGAUUUUUUACUGUACACAACUAAAUGUAUAACCCAGUACUGGUGACACUAUAAAUAUUUUUAAAGACAGUUUGUAAUAUUUUACUGUUAUGUUUUAUUAAAGAACUUUUAUAUGAG